GCAGGUCGCGGAUCGUCUUCGCCUCAGUUUUUGUUUCCAUGGAUCGCGUUGUGCGAAUAUGAAAUUAAAAGUUUCCGAAGAACGACUUCUGAGUCUUAAUUAAUUGAACCAACCGAGAAGAACGAUAAGUGCAAAGAGAUUUGAGACAUCAACGAAAGUUGUCUAAUUUCCCGACCGCUGUGUGAAUACAAAAGCCAUAAGACGAUGACGGCCAAUGGUGAGCCAGGAGCUCGCGAGGAUUCCUCCGUUGUCGGCGCUCCAGCGACCAUCACCACCCCGACGACCUUGAUCGCUCCCACCCCGAUCCCAGUGCCCAGCGACGUGCCCAUGCCCAACUCGAAUGGGAGUGGGAAUGGCGCCGGCAACCACAAGAGCACCAUCGUCAUCGAGAGCCAGCCGAAGCGGCGGGUCAGCAUUAUUUCCGAUCCGCCGGCGAUCGGCGGGUCAGGAGGUCUCGGUGCUGGAUACGACAAUCCCGCCUACGAGCAAAACCCGAGGCGUAAAAUUUCACAGACUUCCACACACUCUCACACGGAUAUAGGACCAGCUCGCAGGAAGAGCAUCCUGAAGGACACGGCGCCACACGACAACGACAGUGAUCGCGCCUCUACUCACAGCUAUGAAAACUACAGACAGAAUGCGCUGGACGUGCUCAAUUCAAAGUAUAAUGGUCACCAAAUGGGACACACCUCCGGGGGCGACAGCAGUGGCGGGGCCAACUACGUGGAGGAGUCCUGGAUGUACACAUUCUGCCUCAAGUGCCGCGGCGAGGAGCCAUCGUCGUCCUGGGAGCCGCCCUUCUGGCAAAAGAUAUUCCCCUACCCGCUGUGCCCCACAUUUAGAACGGUCUCCCGACUAGUUUCCAUUAUUCUGAUUGGUGUCCUGAUCUGGAUCACGGCUUUUGUGAUCAUUGGCGACUCGGCUGCCCCUGGAGGACAGCUGUUCGGCCUGGUCGUUCUCACUGUGGCCGCCAACUUUGGUGGCUACCUGAUAUCGCUGACCACCUUGCCGCGACUAAUCGGCAUGCUCCUGGUGGGCAUUCUCUUCCAGAAUGUGGGCUGGGCAAACAUUGAUGGCGACUUCUCCAAAGUGACGGCCCACCUGCGCAAAUUUGCGUUGACCAUAAUCCUGACUCGAGCUGGACUCGAAAUGGAGCCGGAGGCCUUCAAGAAGGUGUACAAGACGAUCCUGAAGCUGGGCAUAAUCCCAUGGUGCGUGGAAGCGGUUGUGAUGGCCGUGAUGUCGCACUUCCUCCUCGACCUGCCAUGGAUCUGGGCGUUCCUGCUGGGCUCCAUCAUUGCCGCAGUGUCUCCAGCUGUGGUGGUGCCGUGCCUGUUCCGUCUGCGAACCAAGGGCUACGGCGUGGCCAAGGGUAUUCCCACAUUGGUGGUGGCCGUGGCCGGAGUGGACGAUGCCCUGUCGGUGGCCAUAUUCGGCAUCAUCAGCACAGUGAUGUUCUCCGACAAGGGACUGGCCUACCAGAUCGCCCAGGCUCCGGUUUGCAUCUUGGGAGGCCUGGGCUUCGGCGUAGUCUGGGGAUCGCUGGCCCGCAUCUUUCCGGAGAAGGGAGACGCCUAUGUGGUGCCGCUGCGGACGCUGCUACUCUUCACCGGCGGCCUCAUGGCCAUUUAUGGCAGUGAAGAGCUGGGCUUCGAGGGCGCAGGACCGCUGGCCGUGGUUUUCUCGGCCUUCGUUUCGAACCUGUUCUGGUGCAAGGACGGCUGGGAUGUGGAGGACAACCCGGUGUCCACUGCCUUCGAGAUCUUCUGGAUGAUCUUCGAGCCGAUUCUGUUCGGGCUGACCGGUGCCACCAUAAAGAUACGCGAGCUGGAUGGACACACGGUGUCCAUUGGAGCGGCCUGCAUCUUCACGGGCGCCAUCCUGCGUAUUUUCACCACGGCGGGCAUUGCGUUCGGGGAUCGAUUGAACACCAAGGAGAAGUUCUUCGUCGGACUGUCGUGGAUGGCCAAGGCCACUGUGCAGGCGGCCCUCGGACCCGUGGCACUGAAGCAUCUGGACGAGAACUCCACGGACGAGGAACGGAACUGGGCGAACAUUGUGCAGACGAUCUGCGUGUUCAGUAUUGUUCUGACCGCUCCGCUCGGAGCAAUCAUGAUCUCGGUGACGGGAACCAAGCUGCUGACCAAGACCAAGCAGCCGCAGGAUCUCAGCGGCUGGCGACGCAGUCACCGGCCGUCCAUCCGCGACAUCAGCAUCAUCGACGAGGAGGAGGAGCGCGAGGAUCCCGAAAUCCCCGAGGACAAGGAGACGCACGACAACACGCUCAACAACGCCCACAUCCCCACCAUUUCCUACACCUACAACACAUAGUCCAGUCCACAUCGCUGACUUCUGGUUGGGUCAAGAGUAAUGAUGAUUGUUUUCUUAUUGUACACUAGUCUAAGCGGACAUUGCAUUCCGAAAUAAAUAAGUUAAAGAACUA